AUGACUAUUUGGCUUAGCCUUGUAUCGAUCUCCGUUUUGUUAAUCCUCUAUGUGGGAUACAAAUGGAUGUUGCCGCGUCCAAUCCCGGGUAUACCCUACAACCAAGAUGCCACGAAGAAUGUCUUGGGUGAUAUGCCUGCGCUGGUGCAACAUCAGCGAAAGACAGGAGAGAGCUGGAGCUUCUUACCUUUGCAAGCUAAGAAGCUGAACUCGCCCAUUAUCCAGAUUUUCGCGGGUCCUUUCUCGAAGCCAUGGGUUCUUCUGAAUGAUUUCCGAGAGAGUCAGGAUAUCCUCCUCCGCAGAACCAAGGAUUUCGAUCGGAGUGAACGGUUCGGAAACAUUUUCAAAGGACUGGUACCUGAUCACCACAUCUCAAUGCAAACCACGAACCCUCGAUUCAAGGUGCAUCGAAGGCUGAUCCAGGAUCUGAUGACCCCAGCCUUCUUGAACGAGGUCUCGGCGCCCCGAAUCUACGAGGCCUUUGCAUCACUCAUCGAUCUAUGGACCGAAAAAUCUCGAUUGGCCAAUGGCCGACCCUUUUCUGCCUCCGACGAUGUAUACAAAGCAGCGCUGGAUGCUAUCUGGGCCGUCACAUUUCCCUAUGAUACAAAGGACAGCGUUAUCAAUGCUCGACGACAGCUUCUUCCUAGUGCUAGCAGUACCAGCACUGCGUUAUUCACAACCAACGAUGAACCUGUCGACUUUCCCGAGCCUGCGAUAAAUGCAGGCCAGAACUCCGUUCUCACACUCACCGAAAGCCUGGAGUCUAUCAUGAUGUCUCCAAUGCCAAGAUUGGCGUUCUGGUUACUCAGUAAGCUACCUUACAUGCGAAAGGCAAUAGCAGCGAAGGAAAGCAUGAUUGCUACAGAGCUUGAACGGGCGAAAGUGAGGUUCGCCGGGACGGCCAAAGAAGACCAGGUUGCGAGAUGCGCUAUGGAUGAUAUCUUACGCCGUGAACUUGUUGCUGCGGAAAAGGAGAAUCGAGAACCCGCCUACAGCACGAGAACAAUCUUUGAUGAGCUCUUUGGACUAUUGAUUGCUGGUCAUGAUACAACUUCCACCACGGCAGCAUGGGGUCUCAAGUUUCUCUCUGACUACCAGGACAUCCAGAAGAAACUUCGCAAAGCAUUGCGUGCAGGGUUCCCCGAUGCUGUUGCUGAAAGCCGACGACCGACCGCGGAGGAGAUUUCUAAGGCUCAUAUCCCAUACCUUGACGCUAUACGAGAGGAGAUCAUUCGAAAAUCCUUGACGUCAGUAGGAGUGGAGCGCGUGGCGAUGGUAGACACUGUAAUUCUCGGUCAUCAUAUCCCUAAGGGCACGAAUGUUUUCUUCUUGUGUAAUGGUCCCGACAUCGUCGACUCUCCAGUUGGCUAUAUUCCCGAAGAAAUUCGCAGCAAAAGCUGCCAAGAAGCGAAGGGACGGGUUGCACCCCACUACGAGGCAGAUUCGAGCGAAUUCAAGCCGGAACGAUGGAUUGCCAGAGUCGAUGGCAAGGAGUGUUUUGACGCUUCUUUAGGUCGGAAUCUGGCAUUUGGUCUGGGCCCAAGAGGGUGCUUUGGAAGGCGGAUGGCGUACCUUGAGCUAAAGAUUAUCCUUGUGCUUGCUUUGUGGGAUUUUGAAUUGCAAAAGGCACCGGAUGAUCUCAGUUCGUAUAAGGCGUAG